GCGGCCAUCUUGAGCGCAGGUGAUCGAACUCGAAAACUGUAUAGUGAGUCUUUAUUCGUCUUUUUCUUCUUUUGAGAUGAUUAAGGCGAUACUUGUAUUCAACAACCAUGGGAAACCUCGGAUGACGAAAUUUUUUGUGCAUUAUUCUGAGGACAUGCAACAUCAAAUAAUAAGAGAAACAUUUCACAUAGUCUCAAGAAGGGAUGACAAUGUUUGUAAUUUCUUAGAAGGGGGAACGUUGAUCGGUGGUUCUGACUUCAAGAUUAUUUACCGACAUUACGCUACGCUUUAUUUUGUGUUCUGUGUGGAUUCAUCAGAGAGUGAGCUAGGAAUACUUGAUCUCAUACAGGUAUUUGUGGAAACUUUAGACAAGUGUUUUGAAAAUGUCUGUGAGCUGGAUCUUAUAUUUCAUAUGGACAAGGUUCACUUUAUUUUACAAGAGAUUGUAAUGGGUGGCAUGGUACUAGAAACAAACAUGUCUGAGAUUUUAACCCACAUUGAGGCACAGAAUAAAUUAGAAAAAUCAGAGGCUGGAAUAAGUGCUGCACCUCAGAGAGCAAUGUCUGCUGUUAGAAAUAUCAGUCCAAACCUACAUAAUCUUCCCAAACCUAAUAUAAACCUACCAUCCAUGAAAUCACUCCCACACAUAAACUUACCCUCCUUCAAGUAGAAUAGCAAAUGUCCUAUUUUUCUAAUUAAAAUGACUUAACUGUUGUUGAUAAUGAUACAUAGAAUGAAAUAAUUUUAUUUUCAUGUACAGGUUGUUACAGUUGUAGGUAGCUUAGAGUUACAUAGGGUAGUAUUGGUAACAGGAGAGAUUAUAAUCUAAGGCCAAGUUGUUCAAAGCUGGGUUAAUAUAAUCCAGGGUUAUUAUGAAGUUUGUUUUCAGAUCUGAAAGCUUUAAAAUGAAAUUCAGUAUAAUUUUUUUUUGGUUACAAUUUGGUGAUUGGAUGCCCCACAAAGAAUACUUAAGUAAAAAAUUAUCCCACAUAGGCUUUUGAACAUAGGAAAAAAAGAAACUCAGUUUAUAUUUUAUCCAUGGGUUAGCACUAAUCAGCCUUCGAACAACUGGGCCUAGGUCUGUAAUGCUGCGAGUGUUUCUGGGGUCCUAGACAAAUCUUGGGUCUCAAAGAUGGAGCACUUUUGCAAACACUGAUGUCCCCUAACAUUAUAUGAAAACAAUUUAAAGUCAAGAUUGCUUCCCUGGUGUUUAAGAUUUAUAGCUGUCAAUGGGCACUCACCAUUUGGUCAGAACUCUCUUAUCAGACUGCUUAAUUUAGAUGAGCUUUUUUUUGUUUUGUUUUUUUUUUCCCAAUCAAGUGUUUCUCCAUAUUUCCAAGAAAAAGUUAUCCAAGAAUAGGGUUCACAAUUUUUAGACUGACAGAUUUGAUGAGUUAAUUAAGAGUUACAACUGGAUUUGUGAAAUAGGUUGGCCAGCCUGGCUUCUCCGUUUUGACUUAUGGUGUGAAACUAAUACAAUUGUUUAAGAAAAAAACCUUGGUGACGCUAUCUUUGUUGAAUUAAA